AUGGAAGCCAAGAUGAAUUUGGAAGAAAGAUUGCGUGAAUUAUGCUGCAUUGGCGACGAAAUAAAUGUAAAAGCACUCGUCCAGAGAGGUGUCAACAUAAAUGCUGCGAACGCGAUGAACGGAUGGACGCCUCUACAUUGGGCAGCGAAAAGAGGACAUUUGAGUAUUGUGAAAUACCUCAUUCAGGAAGGAGUUGAUUCGGCAGCGCUCACACAUAAAGGGGAAACUGCUGCUAAACUUUCCAAUGACAGUGAUAUCAAGAAACUGCUUGGAGAAGGCGAUGAUACCGAAUCAAGCCAAGCCAGUGAGCCUUUACCUAUCGUGCCGAACUAUCUUCGAAAUCCGGAGUUUUUCUACGCCGAAAAAGACAAUUCUAGGAAUGAGGAUUCCAGAUUUAGACAGCAAGGGACUACUAUUUCAAAUACGUGGAACCACGAAUCUUCGACAGAUGCAAACGCUUCGGGUAAUUCAAACUGUUGUGCUGAAAAUUCUGAAAAGGAAAUUCUCAUAAAGUUGCGAGUUGCCGAUUCAGAAGAGGAAGACUUUAUAGAAGUUGACCUUGACAAAAGUAGCCUGACAUUUCAAUUUCUUGUGUCAGUUUGCUGCCAAGAGCUAGGCAUCGAAGCUAAAAAUGUUAAGAAAAUAAGAAAGUUACCAAACACUAUAGUAAGAAAUGAUAAAGACGUGAAAAGACUGGUUCCAUUUCAAGAACUGGAAGUAGUGAUGGAGGAAAAUGCGAGCUGAUUUUUUUUUCUAAGGUGGUUGAGGUUUGCCAGGUGUAUGUCACCAUUCCUGGAAAGUAUUGCAAACAAUAAUUUGUUUAAUUAAAUCGUCAUCAGUGUUUCUUGCUGUGUUUGAUUUCUCACCUCAGGACUGAAUAUAAACUUCUUUUCUGUUCCCAUCAAAAAAUGAGAAGUGAAGGAGCAGGGACUGUCAGAGCUGGAGGGAGGGGGAGGGGGGGCGGGAGGAGGGGCUUUUGCCAGGGAUUACAUUUAAUUUUGUCUUAGUAUGAGAUACAUGUGAAGAAUAGAAGAGCAUUAAAAAGAAAACAAAAUAAUUAAAAAAGCCAGAUGUACAACCUUAUACAAAAACUGUUUGAAACUUUUUGUCAUAUAACAUCUCUUGGAGAAGGUUGAAAAUACUAUUUUGGGUCCUUCAGAUUUCAAAAUAUUUUUGAAAGGAUGACCUCACAGCCCAUUACAACCUCAAAAGUUGAAAAGUUCAACACUGAAAUCCCUAACAGUGAUAAGCCUCUUAUUUCUCCCAACAGCAUUACCCCUGAAUCAUGAGAAAAAAGGAAAUACCAAGAAACUAAAGAAACUCUUGAUUGUAAGACAAAUUAUCCUUGCCAGUACCCCCAAAAAUGUAUGGAGAACAGUAUGCAGAACUUGGAUACUGAUGUUAGGGUGUAAAGGUUUAAAAUAGGCUUGGUUGUCUGUGGGGAAGAGAUGAGUGUGGAUUGUAAUGCAUCCAAUCUGACUGCAAUUUUUGACAAAAAUUAAUCAUAUUUACUCAUUGAUGCACAGGAAAGUCUAAAACAGGGUAAGUUCACAAUUUAUGUGACUCUAUGCGAUGCUUAGCCAUUAUAGCAGGGGUUUCAUUUAAAGCUGCCAAGCUGUUCUGUAUUUCAGGCCAAAUUGCUUCCUAUUUUCUGUUAGCCCUUUUACUACCAUUUGUAAUUCUCAUUACUGUCUUCAAUACAAUUCCUAUCAUGUUAGUUUGGAGAACUUGCAAUUGGAUCAACUGAUAAUCCCCUCAUUUAUAUUUUUCUUUAUUCUCCUCACUUGUCUGCUUGAGUUUAUAGUGAUAUUGUGAUGAGAAAUUCUGUUUUGAUCACUCAUGGGAGUGAAAGGGUUAACAACAUUAGAUUAAGGAUCAAAUUUCCACAAGUUGCUGACUUUGAAGUUUUUGUAUUUUUCUUAAAAACUUAUUGAAUCCUCUGCUGUAAGGUCUGUUAUAAAAAAGAUGGACUUAUCAGGUAUUUUAGAGGUAUCCCGUUAGUGAGAAAACAUCAGGAAAUGUUAUUAACAUGUUUACUUUGUGUACAAUUUUUAACAAUAGGAUCAUUUUUUUUUUGUGGGGAGAACCACAGAAAGCAUCAAAACUCAUUCAGUCUUUCCACUAAGUAUCAGCUAAUCCCUAAGUGGUCAUAAUUAUGAUGGUAAUGGGUUGAGGACUCCUUAAAACCCAGUCAGACAUUUAAUAACUCCUUGAUUUUCUCAAGUGCUGUAGUGACCAGCAUGACUUAGGAAUAAUUAAAAUUCACCAAAAUGGAGGUGGCUUGUGGAAGAUGUCAACCAAGCCACAAAGCUGCCCAGUAAUUAAAAUCCACUGGUUGCCACCAACACUGAGAUGAAAAGUUGGUUUAGUAUGCACUAAAACAGCAAGAUAACAUAGCAAAAAAAGAUGAUUUUAACUCAUUCAUUCCUGCAACAAUUAAAAUAUUUAUCAGUGCAAAUCUCUGGGGAGUUAUUAGAAGGUUAAUAGCAAAGCAUGCACCUUCAAUACUAUCCACUGUUCUAGUAUAAACUAAUCAGUGUUAUCCUGUGGCAGUUGAUGAUGCAUCCAAACAACACUUAUCAUACAUGUACCAGUUUGAUUCUCUGAGGCCCCAAUGAAGAAAGAGUAAUAAUUUAGGUUCCUGAGGAUAAUUCCCACCUGCUCUUUAGUUUACUCCCCAAGAUCUGAUUGUGAAUUCUCCCUUCUAGCAGUUAAACAUUACCUUUUCAAAUGAAAAAAGAAUUUGUUGUUAGAUCAAGAAAACAGCCUCUACCUGAUAAGUCGGAGUAUUCUCUUUAACUGUUCGCUAGGUAAUGUAUCGAUAUUAUAGGGAGAAGUAACAUGUUAAUCACUUCUGAGAGUAAGUAUGUUAUUGUGAGGAUCUUAUCAAACCUGACCAUGCUUAUUGUUCAAAAUUACUCCAUUUGCAAAAUAAAAAUAAAAUAAAAUUCCAUUUAAUUCAAUCAUUGAAAAUGAUAAAAAAAUGCAAUUUUGUGGACAGUCACAGAGAUCCCAACAUACACAGCAGCAACACUGCUUCCUUAUGGUAUUUUUUGCCAGCUUUCAUAAUCAGUCACCUCUUCCACUGAGUUAUAAUGAUACAUGCAAUCAAAUUUGCUUUAAAAUGUUCAUUUGACACAUUUAAAGCUGACUAGAAAUAAAAAGUUUUAAGGAACAAUUCUUGAUAGUUUUCAAAUUCAUUGUAAGUUGAAUUGCUGUUGGAUAAUUUGAACAGGAAACAACACCGUAAGUAUUUCCAAAUGUGGCAAGGUGGUUAUACAAUGUUUUAACUUGAAAGUUAUUUUAAGCCACGAGUGUGAUCUAUCAAACCCUUAAAAUAUCCUGAUCAUUGAUGUGACACUAAAGGAAUUAUCUUAAAUACCCUGCAUUCAUGACGGAAAAAAGGAAACUUUAUUUUAUCCAACCCUAAUAACAAAAAAUGUGAUGUUUUCUCAAACCUAUCGUUUUUGAACCCAACCCAUGCCAACCACCUGCUUCACUGCUAUCAUAGGCAAAAUGAAUAAUUGACAUAAAAAUAUAAACCAAGGUCUUCCACGGCAAUGAUGGAGACCAGAGAUAAAAUAAUUUUCUUCCUUUCCUACCUUAUUUCAUUUCAAUAUAAAUCGUAUUCUUAACAUCAAAACAUCCCACGCAGUCUAUGAAACACAAAUUUCAUUUCACAAGAAUAAGUUAAAAGGUGAAAACGCUAUCAGGGUCCCAAUUUCUAGUGUUCCAUGUUGUUAUUCCUUGCAGACUUUCUUAAAUGAUUCUAAGAAAUUGUAGUAUUCUGCCGGCAAAACAUCCUUGCCAGCCAAGCAAUGUUCUAAGUAAUCUCUGUAUGGAACUAAUCCCUCUUGAUAAAACUGCUCUGUUACAAUAUAAGUUGUCGCGUUCACUUUUUCGCCCGCAGAAUUCUCAACUGUCACUCGUUCUCGACGAUACCAUCCAUCUGAGACUUUUUCAAAAACAUCCAGUUUAUCUAACCCUCCCGCGUCAAGAGUGUACAAAACUCCAUGAACCACUGAAUCGUUCUCUGGUCUAAUGUUACAAGAGCCACCCCCAUCCGGUCUCCUAAAAGAGAAAGUCAUCUUGUAGUCGAGCAAUUUAGCUCCAACUCGAGCGGUGAAGAAGGCUUUACGAUCCCGCAUACGGUCUGGGUUCAUGUUCGAACCGAAAGCGAAGUACAUCUCUUUGUCUGUCAUGGA